UUAACGGCUGAAAUUCGCACAAAAUGAACGGCUUGAUAUAUAUUUCUUUGUUAUGAAACAACGAUAGCUUGUGUCAUGAAGUGCAUUCUUUUUUUUUAAUUUUCUAAGUUUGAGAUAAAGCUUUUAUUUCAGAGUUUGUAUUUGACUGUCGAAAGUUUCAAAGGAUAAAAAGGUCAAAUAAUGUUACUGACAUUGUAAUAUGAUCAUAUUUCCAUCGGUAUCGACUUUCAGAUCAUGGAGUAUAAGUGACAUACAGCAAUACAAAGUAAUAAUUUAUAUAUGUCCACAUUCAAGACACUUACUCAUGGAGUUAAUUACAAAAUGAGUCAAUUUAUAAUGGAAUGAGAUGGAAUGAAUAUUGGUCGGAGGAGUCACCAACGACAUUUGAUAUUUGUACAGUUGGACACUAACUGGACGGAAGGCUUGAAUAUUGUCGGUGCGUUGAGCAAACUAUAUUUUGAACAAGUUUAAAAAACCAAGAAUAAAUAAGCGUUAAUAAAACAAUGCUUAGAGUUAAAUAUAUAUGGCUGGCAAUUACAGGUUCUGCCUGUUUGUCAGUAAUUGAAGGUUUACAAAAUGGAACACACACGGAUCAAAGUUUUCGGAAGACGCUCAUUAAAGAUUUGUUUUCCAACUACGACAGCAGACUGGCACCGAAUCCAAAAGAUGGUGGUUCAACAAACGUGUCAGUCCAAAUACUUAUCACCAGUAUCGACACAAUAAGUGAAACAAAUAUGGACUUUUCAAUAAGUAUAUUUCUGAGACAAAAGUGGAUGGAUUCUAGAUUAGUUUAUAAACCUAGUUCAGCCAUGCGAUCAUUAGAACUGGACGCCAGUUCAAUAUCGAAGGUUUGGAUACCUGACUUGUACAUUCCUUCUGAGAAAAGCGCAAUCGUGCAUCACGUGACCGUUCCUAAUAAGCUUAUGCACGUGUUUCCGGAUGGGAAAAUACAGUAUAGUUUAAGGAUUUCGGCGACUAUCAAGUGCAACUUUGACCUACGAAAGUUUCCGUUGGAUUUACAACACUGUUUUGUAGAAAUGGAAAGCUACGGGUAUACUACUGACACACUAAGGUUUGAAUGGGAUAAAACACCCAUUAACAUAGACAAAAGUAUGCAAAUCCCGGGAACUAAAACGACAGGGCAGUGCGAUAAAGAGUACUUUGAAGUCGGGUUCUCGUGCGUCAGAUUUGAUUUCUGGAUGAAAAGAAGCGUCGGUUAUUACGUCACACAAGUCUUUAUUCCAAGUUUUCUGAUAGUAUUUCUAUCAUGGGUGUCAUUCUGGCUCGACAUAGACGCCGUUCCUGCACGGAUUUCUCUUGGUUUGCUCACCGUCCUAACAAUGACCACGCAAAGCGCAGGUGCAAGAAAUAAUUUACCGAAAGUUUCCUAUCUGAAAGCCAUAGAUGUCUGGAUGGCAGUGUGUCUCGGGUUUGUGUUCCUUGCUUUGGUGCAAUUUGCCUAUGUUAAUGUACUGUCCCGAGUUGAGAAAAGGCGGAAGCUGACCACGCACGAAAAUAUCCCAGUGGAUUCCGUAGCCUCGGAGGCUGACGUGGAUAAACUGACACCUAGCUCCUCACAUGACGCCGGAUUGACGUCACAUGACAACUUUCAGAAGGAAAUGAUUAAGCUUAAAAUUCCUGGUUACCUAAAGCAGCUUGAUUUCCGCAGGAUAAUGAAAGAAGACCGGGAGAAAGCCAGGAAUGUUGACAGGGUAUCCCGAAUACUGUUUCCGGUAGCGUUCCUCAUAUUCAACAUUGUGUACUGGUUUACAUACGUGUUUUGGGAACCAAAGGCGAUCGACGGAAAUUAGGUCAGCCAUUUUGUUAUCAACUUUGACGUCACAUAUUUGUUACAGCGACAUACAGCGGAUAUUUCUUUGAAGGAGAAUAGUGAGACUUACAUCAAAAUUAGCUAGUUAUUUACAAGUAUGCAUCUGAAUGGGUUUUUUAAAUUGAUAUUCAAUUUAGA